AUGUGGCGCUCUCUGACUUGUUUUCUGCAAUCAUCUCGCUCGCAACAGAUUUUUUUUUUCCUUUACUCCUGGGCGGUGGUGAAAACGGUCGUGCCGGCCGUGUACCGGAAGGACAAGGCCGAGGGAACCUUCCGCUACGACCACGCCUGGCUCAGAACCCACUCGGAAUCCGUGGUUUUCUGUGGCGUGGGGGCCGUGGAAGGGAGGGAGAGGGAUCGAUUGGGGGAGAGUUUCGAUGUCGUCGUGGCCGCCUGGUGGGAGCUGAUAAGGCGUCACGUCCCCCUCUACUUGUUUACACAGUUCUUCGACUACCUUGGCUCUAUCGUCAACUACGCGGCUGUCGGCGGCGCUAUCUUGUACUUGUCCAAGGCGGAGGGCAUGGGGGAGGCGGAGAUCGCUGCCCUUGUGGCUCGCGGCAGCUUUAGCUGCCUUUACCUUAUCGACGCGUUUUCCAAGGUGCUGCGCGCGUCGGAGGCAGCGAGCAGAAUGGGCGGCAGCGCCAGGCGUGUAGCCGAGCUUCUCCGGGCAGCGGGCUUGUCAGAUAGCGACGCCCGAGCGUUCGGUCCCUGGUCGACUGAACCACGCGUACGCCGUCCCUUCCGGAACAACGGCGGCGGCGGCGGCGGCGGCGGCGGCGGCGGCGGCGGAGCGGGCGGGGUCGGGCGCGGAGGUGGCGAGAGCUCCGAACGUCGACCGGGGGGUGGGGAGAGGCGGGCCCGGGGUGCGCGCGGCGGCGCUCGAAGCAGCAGCAACGCCUUGAGCGCGGUGGUCUGGAGCCGGCUCGGGUGGAUACGAUUUCUCGCCGCCGCGAAGAAGGAAGCCGACAAGGAGGACGACAUGGAGGUGGGGCGAGGGUAUAAGCGGGGACGCGACGCCCGUGAUGCCGAUGACGAAGAGUGCCCGCGGGAAGGCAACCAUUCGGGGGGGGAUUACACGCCGCCCGUUGUCGGCACCGGCGGCGGGGAGGCAGAGGAGCGGAGCCUUCUUGCCGUUGCCGGAGGCACGUCUUCGGGCGGACACCCUGCGGGGCGUUCCGCUAGCGAGGAUGGCGUUUCCGUCGGUGAUCAUGAGUGUAGCAGUGGUUCCGGCUACGUUGCUUCCGCGUUGUCGCUGGUGGCGCUUUCCGACGAGGGGAGGGAAGGCGCAGCCGACGGAGGCGGCGGCGAGCGAGUGGGUGAUGACCCCGACUGGCUGCUGAGGGUCGAAGGGUACACCGUGGCCCAACCGGAGCAGCAACUUGGUCUCGGCGACGAUUGCAGCAGCGAGGAAGACGACGAUAGCGGCGACGAAGCAAACGGCACCGACCCACGGGAAGAAGCUGUUGACGGGGAUGCAAACGGUAGCGGCGGCGACAACACCAGGGGCGUCGGUGUAGACCGGGUGGUAUCUCCUGAAGACGGCAAGGCCUUACCUUGUCCGGGAGAGGGCGGGGGUGGUCGCGGCAGACGGAGCAACAACCCCAGGACUGCAUGUGGAACCCUCGCGGCGGGAGCCGAACAACAUGGAAGCAGAGGCGCGGGAGCGAUCGUCCGGGAGCUCAGUCUCACCGUGCGCCGCGGGUGCAACGUCUUGAUCACGGGUCCGAGCGGAUGCGGCAAGACCUCGCUCCUGAGGACCAUCGCGGGCCUCUGGGAGGCAGCGGCGGGGACGGUCGAGCUCUGUCCCCGGGUGGAGGCGUGCCUGCGUGCGCACGAGGAGCGGGGAACCACCGGGCGAGGGAGGACGGUCGCAGGGGACCGUGAGGCUGGCGGGGGGGUCCUCUUCGUUCCGCAGCGGCCCUACUGCUUUCGAGGGACCCUGUUCGAGCAGGUUACGUAUCCAGCUAGAGGAGACCAAGCUUCCCCCGCAACGGUCAAGCGCAUUCUGUCAGCCCUGGGCCUGUCCCAUCUGUCUAGCCUAGGCAAUGGCGGCGGCGGCGGCGGAGGUGAUGACGAGUGUACCGAGCAAACAAACGGCGGCUCCUCCGCCGGCAGCACUGGUCACGCCUUGGGCGCAAGCGGGAACGCAUUUAGCGGGGACGCUCGCAGGUGUCCCAGCCCUAGUUGGACAGCCUCCGCCGCGUCACGCGCGGGAGCUGGCGCCUUCGGGAGUCCGCACGGCUUCGAUGACCGUAGCAGCUCGAGGCAAGUCAGGAGGAAUAGCAACAACAGCAGCAGCAGCAGCAGCAGCGAGGGUAGCAUCAGCACCAAAGACGGCGUCGUUGUCUUUGACGACGAGGAAUCGAUCACCUCGCCACUCAUUGGAGAAGAGCCAGAGACCGCAGAGACCGCCGGUUUCUCUUCCUCGUCUGCUGGUGGUGGCGACUUUCCGACCCCCUCGGAGGGUUCCAAGGAAAGAGGAGCCGGGACGAGAUGGCUCUCGGACACCCGCCAAUCGUCGCACCACCAGCAGCAACAGCAAUCGCACGUCCGGGAGGCAGAAACGACAGGGCGCAGUGCAAGAAGCGGGGGGGCGGUCGGGAGAAAAAGAAAAAGAGGACUACCCCCAGCCCGACGGCGACGUAACUGGGCCUCCAUCCUGUCCAUCGGGGAGCAGCAGCGGCUUGGCAUCGCCAGGGUGCUGUACCACCGCCCGGCCCUUGCUUUCCUAGACGAGGCGAUGAGCGCCGUCACGGAGGAAGCGGAGAGAGACGCCUACCGCCUCAUGCGAGCGGCCGGGGUGACGGUGGUGGCCAUCGGCCACCGCACCUCUCUGCGCUCGCUCCACGAGCGGGUGCUGGCUCUCCGGGGCGCUCCGGACGGGAGGUGGGAGAUCUCGGAGAUGUGCUCCUCGAGGACGGAGACCCACGCCUCGGGGAGCGAACACGCAACGUUGUAGCGGUGUGCGCCCUGAUACGUUUGACGAUUCGGCACGUGGCGCUGUAGGAUUAAGGGUACGUGCCACGCCUGCCUUCUGAUGUGCGAGGAAGCUCGAGGAAAACGUGGGUAUCGGUACCCCCCCGGGGCACGGAGAAGAACAAGUCCUGCCUGGCCGGUACGUCGUGUUUCGGAUGGGCGAGUUAUGCGACACGUGGGAGCGCGUGUCAAGCGUCUUCCGUUUCCUGUCCCUAUUGGGGACAGGCUUCUAGCAAAGUAUUAGGACAAGCUGGGAGACUUGCAAGGUUGUAGAGCCUCGACAGCUCUAUUUACUAUUCUUGUGGUUUCCGGCUUGCUCGUCAUAGCAUUGAAAGACGCGUUGGUUGUGUAAUCAAGAUUGUGUGUCGGGGUCAGCGAUAUAGGGGUAUUCACCCUCACUCGUGGGUUGAGCAACAAGAGCUGUUUGUGUACGCACCCUCGUAGGGCU